UGGCCGCUCACUGUUCCGCUGCGUUGGAGAUCACAGGACGCAAAUCAAGUGAAACAAAUCUUCUGACAGAAGAAAAAGUUCAUGCUGGAGUUUUUUAAGACCUCGGAGGGACACAUGAAGUCCAAGCUGAAUAUGGAGAGUUUGACCAAGCCGGAACUGCUGAUGCUUUUCAGCAUCCUGGAAGGAGAGCUGGAGGCCCGUGACCUGGUCAUCGAAGCCCUGAAGGCUCAGCGUAAAGAUCUGUUCAUCCAGGAGCGCUACGCCAGAUACAACCUUAGCGACCCCUUCCUGGCUCUGCAGAGAGACACAGAGGCUGUCGGGGGCCAGGACAAGGACGCGGGCUGUUCUUCCUCUUCCUCGACCUCCAACCCCCUGGUGGUUCUCAAGCUGGUGGUGAGCCACUGCAGGAGGAUGCAGGAGAAGAUGUUGGCUCAGCUGGCUGCGGCAGAGAGCAGGCACAGGAGGGUGGGUGUCAUUGCAGACCUGGAGGAGGAGAGGAGGAGGCAUGCUGAGGACACAGCAGAGGGAGAUGAUGUCACCUACAUCCUUGAGAAGGAGAGGGAGCGCUUACAACAACAGCUGGACUUUGAGCGCAGCCAGGUCAGGCGGCUGGAAAAAGAGCAGCGUCGGAUCACUGACCAGCUAGAAGAAGAAAGGGCUCAGCACAAACAGCUCUCCUGCGCUUUGGCUAAAGAGUGCAAGUGGGCAAGCAGCAGAGCUCUGGAGGAGGGUCACCGGCUGACUGAGCUGAGCCGCAAACUUGACAAGGAGAAAGAGGCCUGUCAGGCUCUGAGACAAGAGCUAGAGGAUGAGAGAAGGAGAGCUCUGAGGAUGGAGGCGAGGGUGGAGGAGCAGCUGGCUGAGUUCGACACAGAGAGAGAGCAGCUCCGCUCGCGUUUGAAGAAAGAGGAGGCUCUCUGUUGUCAGCUUCAACAACAGGUGGAGGAGCUCAAGAGGAAGCUGGAGGAUCCACACUUGAUGAAAGAUGCUGCAGAAGUCGUUUCAGCUCCAGAAGAGGCAGAAAAAAAGCAGUGGGCCACCAAAGUUCCUUUAAGAAAUACUAAAACAGACACUAUUCAGGUUGAGGACUUUGAGGAAGAGAGAAAUCUACAAUCUGUGCAGCCAAAUGUCACAAACGGUCAUCACUGUGCGAUGGAGACUAAUGGGCAUCAGGGUCCAGGCGGCAACUCGGAGAAGAUCUGCCUUCAGAAUGGGGGUGAGAGUCAAGUCCACACAUCUUCCUCUACCCUGUCUCCAUCUUCGCCUUGUGCUUCUCCUCUCCUCGCCAAACGCCAACAAGGCAGCCCGAGCCCUGGUGGCUACCCGUCUCCGUACCAAGCCGGGAUCAAUCAGCGCUUCCAUGCUGCUCGCCAUAAGUUCCAGGGCACCAUUGAACCCGAGCCGCAAACGCAGGCAGCACCGCCCCCACUGUCACCAAAGGAAGUCCCGCCUGUGACCAGCAGCUCCUCCCCAGAAACCAGCCCGGUGAAACAGAUGGCCCGCAGCACGGUCACUCAGGUCCUGUCCCGCUUCACCACAGCUCAGCAGAGUGCCAGUCCAAAACUCACAACACCUAACAACUCACCCUUUGGUACGGACUACCGCAGUCUGGCAGCGCCACUGUCUCCUGUCAUUGGAAGAGCUGCAGGAGCGCUCCCACAGGGGAUCAGAUCACCCACCAUCACCCGGGCAGACAGGGGGAACCCUCCACCUAUCCCACCAAAAAAGCCAGGACUGGCCCAGGCCCCUCCCUCCCCGGCUGCAGUGCCCAGGUCAGGCAGCCAUUACUCAGACGGCGGGCUCGCAGGCAGCUGCGGCCUCACCUCCGGCCAGGAGGGAGUGAAAGAACUGGACAUGGUGGUCUCUUCUAAUUAACUGAUCAUCUGAUUCAUGUAUAUAUAAGUCAGCUGCUACUCUGCUUGUGACAUGACGGUCAUUUCAUUAUGACUGAGGUAUUAUGUUGUAAGUGACAGGAUUUUAGAGGUCCUGUUAAACACUGUAAUAAUUUAUGAGACGUAAAACAAUAUACGCUGAAGCACUAUAUUGGUUAAUGGUUAACGAGCUGGUACUAAUGAGCAGUGACAACUGAGAGUUUCUAAUGUGCCCUACUCAAUAUAAGGGGUCAUCUGCCUUUUUCAAUGUUGGCACAGAAACCAAAGAAUAUAAAUAUUUCAUCACUUGAGGAGACACUUUUUACAAGUAUGUUGCAUGUAAUGUCAACAAAUACUGUACACACAUAUAUAUAUAUAUGUAUAUAUAUAUAUAUAUAAAGUGUAAAUUGCAUACUGUAAAUACACCAUCAGACCAGUGCGACAUGCAGCUUUUGGACCAAUGUGUGAGCGUGUACUUAGAUGUACUUAGCUGUUGUUUUUAUACCAAUGUACAGUUUAUUUUAUAUAUGUUUCUUUCUUUACAGAUAAUGUAGUCUAAUCUAAUCUAAUCUAAUCAAUGUAGUGCUUACUUUUUUAUAAUUAUUACUUUAAUGUUGCAUAGUCAUCGUAAGUCUCAGAUUAUAUGCUGGAUCCAUUAUACAAUAUCUUGUUUUCAAAUGGUCAAUCUUUAUGUCAAAGUAUUUUAUAUCAACCAUGACUUUCAAAAUAAAACACAACUUCUGCGUUAAUUUUAAUCAGCUCCAUUACAGUACUGUAUACACUGAGAAGUGACAUGUUAAUAAAUUAAUCCCAGAGA